AGCAACCACACCAACGACCAACUCGGCCUGUCACACGAUACAUCGAGUCGUGUGAUAUCAAAUUGACUACUUCUAUUCUUGCUGACGGUCUGUACUACUGAGAUUUGACAUUCUUUUUUUUUUUUUUGCUUGGCGCCAUUCAUCGUGAACCAUCAAAGCCCCGGCCGAGAAAAAAGAAUACAAGGGAAACCCCACCAGGAAGGAGGAGGUGUAAGGGGAACAAGGCUUGUAUCAACGUCUGGGAAGAGACAGAUCAUGAGCGAGCUGCAGAAGAAGUGGGCAAAAGCAAGACUUUCCAACACGAUGCAAGCGCACGCCUACGCACCAAGCCAAGCCAUGGGGACCACGGCAAUGCCAAUCCCAGCAACGACAUUACAGCCACCUGUUGGUCUUCCCGACUUCAAUGAGCUGGAUGAAGAAGAUGAAGACCAGUUUGGUUCUCUCUCAUCUAUUCCAAACCACCCACAAGAUGACGACUCCUCGUCAGCAUCUUCAGUCUCAUCAACCGGCACAGUAAUCCCAUCACCGGGUAGAGCUCUGUUUGCAAGGCCACAAGGGUAUGUUCACCCUAACUCACCCAUUCUGAUAUCAACUUCUAACUAACACCCUCCUCAGAGUUCCAACCCGCUCGUCCUUAGACCCAAUCCCCUGGACAACCUACUUUGAACGUGAACUCUCCCUCCUCUCAACAGACGGGACCAUAACCUACCACGUCUACCUCACCUCCCCUGAUCCCCCUACCCCUUCAACCACCAACAACCCAGCACCAGGAGCCAAACCAUCCACCGGCGGUCCCCUCUUCGUAACCCACCACGGCGCCGGCUCCUCCGCCCUCUCCUUCGCCGUCCUCGGCUCUGAAAUUCGCAAACGUCUCCCCUCAGCCGGCAUCCUCUCCCUCGAUGCCCGCGGCCACGGCCUAACAACCAUCACCUCCCCCAGCCCCAACGAACCAACCGACCUCUCCCUCGGUACUCUAUCCCAAGACCUCUGCAAUGCAAUCCUCCUCACGGCCAAAGCCAUGUCCUGGCCUGACAUCCCCCCUCUCAUCCUAGUAGGCCAUUCUCUAGGCGGAGCCGUCGUCACCGAACUCGCCUACCAACCCCUUCUUCCCCCUUCAGUUUCCCUACUGGGAUACGCAGUACUCGAUGUUGUCGAAGGCUCAGCCCUAGACGCCUUGCAGUCAAUGCAGACAUACCUCAGCACCCGGCCACAGGGGUUUCAUUCAUUAAAGGAAGGCAUAGAAUGGCAUGUUAGGUCACGAACAAUAAGAAAUAGCGUCAGUGCGAGGGUUAGUGUCCCUGCUCUACUAGUCGAUACCACCACCACAACCACACAACCACAGCAACAGCCACCCUCAACGAAGGUGUCAAAACCGUGGAAAUGGCGGACGGAUCUUAGUUCUACCCAGCCGUUUUGGCAAGGGUGGUUUGUGGGAUUGAGCAAGAAGUUUCUGGGGCAAGGGGCGACGGGAUUGGGGAAGGGGGCGGGGAAGAUGUUGCUUUUGGCGGGGACGGAUAGGUUGGAUACCGAGUUGACUAUUGGGCAGAUGCAGGGGAAAUAUGCUCUCCAGGUGUUUCCUGAGGCGGGGCACUUUAUUCAUGAGGACUUGCCUGAGAAGACGGCGGUGGCGCUGGUGGACUUUUACAGAAGGAAUGACAGGAGUGCGUUGGUGUUGCCGCCGAAGGUGUCGGAGUUGUUGGCGCAGGGGAGGAGGGUUUAGGGUGGGGGUGGGGAUGCGUAAUCAUGAUGGGAUGAAAGGGAAUACAUAUGGGGUUGUGUAAUGUGAAUAUGGAAACCAUUGCGGAAAGUUCAUAAUUUGUUCAUCGGUUUGGUUACUGUUCAAAGUCCGUGGAUUUGUCCAUCUCCACGAGGCAAGAGAUCAAACGCUAAACCGUAUCUAUAUUUUCCAUUCCAUAUGCUGCCUGCCCGUCUAUUUUGUAUAUCUACCAACCAUGCUCGCCCAUAACUCAAAUAUAAUACAAGGGGUAUAUCCAUCUCCAAAUCACAACCAACUCAGUUUACGCUGCCUGAGCAAGAGCAGGCCCGUCCUGUUGGGCAACUGGCUCAGCAACCACCACCACCUUCUCUUUCUUGACCUCCUUUGCCCCAUCAACCUCAUCCUCACUCUUCCUCUUCUUCUCAUUCUUCCCCUUCACCUGCUGUUGCUGCCCCUUCUUCCCCUUGCCCUCCUUCUUUGGCGCCCA